AUGCCUGAUUUUCCCAAGAUGGAUCACAAUAUAUCCGAAGAACGUUUUGACAAACGUUAUAAUGCUCGUAGUUGUCCGAAUUCAGGAAACAGUUCACCAACUCAUAACAAAAAGUUGAAUCAAGAAAAAGAUGGUUACACAAAUGAAUAUUCUGCAAGUGAAGGUACUAGACAAAUGGACCAAGGUUCUAAAACUGAUGCGAAAUUCGUAAAUAUAACGAAACCGCAGAAAAUAAAUCCUUCGAACAAAAACAUUUCUGAUGCUUUUUCGAGACAAAGUCCAAAGGCAUCGAGGAUGCCUUCAAAUCCUGAACCUGCAACUCCGUUACCAACAGGAGUUUCAAAGGGUAUGUCUAAUCAUGCAAAGAAUAAUAGUCAAAGCGGCGUGCCCGGAAGUGGAAGUAGCUCGCGAAGUGACAGUUUAGAGAGCACAAGUUCAAACAUUAGGCCACAUACUGGUGGUGAUGUGAGAUGGGAUGCAGUUAACAUGGUUUUGAAAAAUGGUCCUUUGAAUCUCAGCCAUUUUCGGCUUCUUAAGCGUAUCGGUUACGGAGACAUUGGAAGUGUUUAUCUUGUUGAACUUAAAGGAACUGAUGCUCAUUUUGCUAUGAAAGUAAUGGACAAGGCUGCUCUUAUAAGUAGAAACAAGCUUCUUAGAUCACAAACUGAAAGGGAGAUUCUUGGACUUCUUGAUCACCCUUUUCUGCCUACUUUGUAUUCUUACUUUGAAACUGAUAAGUUUUACUGUCUCGUUAUGGAGUACUGUAGUGGUGGCGAUCUUCAUUCGCUUCGACAGAAACAGCCAAAUAAGUGUUUCACCGAAGAAGCUGCAAGGUUUUAUGCUUCAGAAGUUUUGUUAGCGCUUGAGUACCUGCACAUGCUCGGCAUUGUAUACCGAGACUUAAAGCCAGAGAAUCUAUUAGUCAGAGACGAAGGUCACAUCAUGCUCUCCGAUUUCGACUUAUCGCUUCGCUGCUCCGUCAGUCCAACGCUAGUCAAGUCAUCCUCCACCCACGCAGGAAAUGGAAGCGGAAGCGAUUCCGGAGGUAUAUUCAACGAUGACCAAGCAGUGCAAGGCACUACUCAGACAUCAUCGAGCUUCUUCCCUCGAAUCUUGCCUUCAAAGAAGAAUCGUAAGGCAAAAUCCGACUUUGGCCUAUUAGCCAACGGAAACCGCCUACCCGAGCUAAUGGCCGAACCAACCAACGUGAGAUCAAUGUCAUUCGUAGGAACACACGAGUAUCUCGCACCCGAAAUCAUCAAAGGCGAAGGACACGGCAGUGCGGUAGACUGGUGGACAUUCGGAAUCUUCUUGUACGAAUUGUUGCACGGCGCAACGCCUUUCAAAGGCUCGGGAUACAAAGCGACGCUCUUCAAUGUUGUUGGUCAGCCAUUGAGGUUUCCGGAUAAUCCUCAAAUAAGUCAAGUGGCUAAGGAUCUUAUCAGAGGGUUGCUGAUAAAAGAACCUCAGAAGAGAAUUGCAUAUAAAAGAGGAGCAACAGAAAUAAAACAGCAUCCAUUUUUUGAAGGAGUGAAUUGGGCACUAGUUAGAAGUGCAAUGCCACCACAUAUACCAGAUGUUAUAGACUUUUCAAAGUAUGCUAGAAAGGAAACAGCACCACCAGUUGAUAAGAAGUUGCCAGAUGCUGGUAUGGAUAAAAAAUGCAAAGAUUCAACUGAUAAUUCUUAUGUAGAUUUUGAGUAUUUUUAG